AUCACGGAACCACUGGCCAUUUUUAAAUUCACGGAGGUCAUGUGUGCGUCCUGUGUGCGCAAAUCACAGAUCUUGAAAAAGUGAGUGGUCGAUCACAACUGAUUCUAAGAAUUAACCAGCCGAUCUCUCCAUAUGUACAUCCAAGGAGAAGCGACGCAGAGAAAUGCGAGCACGAGUCAGCUUAUUGGUGUAUGCUAAAGCGUAGCUACCUACCCAUAACAAUACCUCACUGCAGCAGAAGUACUGUGACUGAACACACUGGAUAACCCACUGACUGCUUAAAGUAGGACGGGUAUUUUAGGAAAAUGGCGCCAGGCUUCAGCAAUCGGAAGAGUGGAGCAGGCGAAAGCCCAAGAUCUGUUCAUGUGAACAAUCCACACUUGGACUCAAUGAAAGAGGAUGUACUGUACCAUUUUAACCUGGGGACAGCCACUCAGGAUUUACCAGCGAUGUUUGGGGAUGUUAAAUUUGUCUGUGUUGGAGGCAGUGCAUGGAGAAUGAAGGCCUUCGUCCAGUACAUCGCUGGAGAGCUGGGCUUUGGGGAUCCUAAGGCUGACUACCCCAACCUCUGUGCAGGAACUGACCGCUACAGCAUGUACAAAGUUGGCCCUGUGUUAUCUGUCAGUCAUGGCAUGGGCAUCCCUUCUAUUUCCAUAAUGUUACAUGAACUCAUCAAGCUCCUUUACCACGCAAACUGCUCUGAUGUCACAGUUGUGCGAAUCGGGACUUCAGGUGGAAUAGGCCUAAAACCAGGUACUGUGGUUAUCACCAAGCAAUCGAUGGAUGCUUCUUUUCAACCAAAGUUGGAACAAGUCAUUCUCGGAAAGACCGUCGUUCGAAGUACUGACCUGGAUGAAGAACUGGCAGAGGAACUUCUCCAAUGUGGGGCAGAGUUGGAUGAAUUUGAGACAGUCAUAGGCAACACCAUGUGUACACUGGACUUCUAUGAAGGUCAAGCCCGUCUGGAUGGUGCUUUCUGCUCCUACACUGAAGAGGACAAACUGAAUUAUUUGGGCGAGGCGUAUGCUGCAGGAAUCAGGAACAUUGAGAUGGAAUCGUCUGUGUUUGCAGCUAUGUGCAAACUCAGCUGCCUUAGAGCGGCAGUGGUGUGUGUGACACUGCUGGAUCGCCUCAAAGGGGAUCAGCUGACAAGCUCUCAUGAUGUCCUCAACAACUUCCAGCAACGACCUCAGAUGCUGGUGGGGCACUUCAUCAAGAAGCAGCUGAAGGCAUCCCAGAAAAGCUGAGAUGUGACGCUCAAUGAUUUCAAUGUUGUUGACUCAUUGCAGCUUAAUUGAAAAAACAAAAACACAAUGAUUGUCAUUAUAGAAAGGGAAGUCUGAGCUUAACCGUCAUAUGUGUUGUCUGAAAUAAUUAUAUUGAAUGAUAUCUUAGUAGUUCUGUCAUUUAGGAAUGAUUUGCAUUGAUGCUAUAUUUAGUUUGCAAACUAGGAAGAUGACACUGGUUCUAUGGAAAGUAAAUGUAAAUGUUACUUUUAAAAAUGUGCAACAGUAUAAUCACAUUGAAAUGAAAGUUGUGUACAUGUAAGCAUUGGUUUCUUAAGAGUUAAAUUACAAUUUAAAUUAUAUUUAUAUUUUUAUCAAAUUGUUUUAUCAGAAAAUUACUGAGUGGAAGAACACAAUCCUUGCACUGUCUGUAUAUUCAUACUUUGUGAAAUUGUUUCACAAAUGUCACAAAAGGGGACAUGUUAUUUUUGCUGCACAUGAUGUAAUUCACUGAAAGGUCUUAAAACACGGUGUAAACAAUCCUUCUGUAGCAGUCCCUUUAAAUGAAGAGACUCCUAGGAAUGUGCUUUGUUAAUUAUGGGAGCAUGAUGCCUCAUGAACCCUAUAAUGGAUAGAUAUAUAGCCUUAUGGGCUUGUACUAACAGCUUGUAUUUCUCAUGCACAGGACAAAAACAUGUUCACCAAACCUCUUCCUUCUUUUCAUUUAGUGUUCCUAGGCCUACUUUGUACAUCAUAUAUGGAUGUACAAGUAUUUAAUGAACACAGGUAACUAUAUUUUUUCUUAAAGGUUUUGAUUUUGUAGAGAACAGUUUUGUUUCCGAAUUUGAUUUUUUAAAAUGGAUUGUGCCGUUUCUGUCAGGCCAAGAGAAGUUAUCAAAGUUAUCACUAUGUAAAAGGCAUAUGCAUAUGUUUUAUCGUACUGUAGAGAGAAAAAAAACAUUAAAUCUUGUAUUGCUUCCAGCCCACCUACUACUACUACUAUUAUUAUUAUAACAAUUAUUAUUACAGCCAAUACUAGUUUUAAUUAGCAGUAUUGUUGAUUAAGAUUGUGUCUGUGUACUCACUGAAAUAAGUGUCUCAUACUUGGGUCCACUGUUUUUGGCUGGACCGCAACAGCAGGGCCAGCCCUACAAACGCGAAUGUCUGUGACUGAGUGAGUGAUGAAGUUACACCAUUGGUCGGCCGGAUCACGUGUGUUAGGUCCAGCCAUAUACUAGGUUUUGACCUGGUCUUGUUUUGUAUUACUCUAAUAAAAUACAUUUUCCAUGUAAGAGAAGUUACAUAAACCAAGAAAAUACCUCUGUACAUUUGUAAACAAUACUGCUAUAAAACAUGUCUAUCUACCAUACUAUUAAACUGAAUUUCAGCUAAGACUUAAACACGAACAAAGCAAGCCAUGA